CAUGCCUGCCGAUAUAAGGCUGUGUCUUAAAGAGUUUGGAAUCAUCAACCAAGAUCAUCUCUGCAGCCACUCGACCAUCCACCCAAGCCAAAAUGAGAGGUUUUCCAGCUGGAAUCUGGCUGAUUCUCACUUUGAGUCUUCAACUCGUGGACUUGGAAGCUACAAAGAAGAAUCCUCUCAAUGAGCCAGAUGUUCCCUUCCCGCCUGCUCAGCCAACCGCUGAGAAUCUGGUAAAUAUCUGCUUGCACAGUCAGAGCCGUCCCCGCUACCCUCCCAGCUUCUUCCCGCGCUCUGGUGCCAGCCAUUUUCGCCGACGUGGAAAAGCCAUCAACCGCCUGGAGUCAUGGCUUACGUCCUGCUGCAAUGGACUUCAGGAGAGCAGCCACCUGCUCUGCUGUGCAACGCAAGCUUGGAAACAAGCUCUUCACCAGUUCUGCGCGGAGGAAUACGGAACCAUGACUACGGCAUAUGACUGCUGCGGCAUGAAAGGAGACGCUCGCUGGGCUUGUUUCAAUGAAGACGUGUCGAACCCGGACUAUGAACCAACACCUGGCUACACGGCACCCGCGGUCCCUCUGGAUCUGCUCUUCAUCUUCACUACUCAAAGUUGUUGAUUGACGACAACAGAACGACAACCUGUUUUUACAUGUUUAGAAUAGUCGUGUGAGUGACUUCAUUGAGAACCAAACCAAUCUUUCAAAGUGUGCAGACAUCACGCUUCUCUCAACUCCUACAUCCCUGAAUGAUCUAUCGAGACAUUCCGCCUCUCUCCGCCAGAGGUCAGUGUGUCAUGGUUCACGGUUGGGCGUGGAGCUUGGCUGGAUGACUGUCAACACAGCAUCGUUAUUGUUUAUUCUUGAAUCAAUGUUGUUUUCGGCGCAACGCUUCUAAGAAGCGAACACGCUUGUCUAAAUUUAAGAGUCCAAGAACGAUGGUUAUUGAAACUCUGUCACAAGUAGAGGCAUUUCCUGUUUUGGAUUUUUGCUUUCAAAAUAAAUAAAGUCAAUGAGUUUGAGCAAAGUUGUCAAUGGAAAUUCCCUGUUUUCUU